GCUGAAUUUUAGAGAGAGAGAAAAGCAAAGUUAUUAUAAACCUCCCCUUGGAUGACUUGGAUUUUGGUACAGUCCAAAGAGUUUGCAGGUUAAUAAGCUGGACGUGCUUUGUUUGCAGUAUUGAUUUGGGACUUUGUGUGUGUGUGCUUGCCUGACAACUCAGUCAGCAAGUCCCCAAGAGGAAUCAGCAUAAUCCAGCCAGAGCAGCAUGUCUUCUUCAUUCUCUGCAAAACCCUUCAAAGAUCAAACGUAUUGGGAACUUAAGAGACAAUGCAUUGACCAAAAGAAGCUCUUUGAAGACCCUGAAUUUCCAGCUUCCGAUGCAUCUCUUUUCUACAGUGGCCCUCCACCCAGGAAAGUGGAAUGGAAACGCCCAAAGGAGCUUUGUGAAGAUCCUCGCUUAUUUGUAAAUGGAAUCAGUUCCCAUGACUUGUACCAAGGGAAGCUAGGAAACUGCUGGUUCGUGGCUGCUUGUUCCUGCUUGGCUCUCCGGGACAACCUCUGGCAAAAGGUAAUCCCCAAUUUUAAGGAACAGGAAUGGGAUCCGAGAAGGCCAGAGAAAUACACAGGAAUCUUUCACUUCAAUUUCUGGUGUUUCGGAGAGUGGAUCGAUGUGGUUGUUGAUGACCGACUGCCAACUUUUGAUGGUGAGCUGGUCUUCUGCCAUUCCAAGGAACACAAUGAAUUCUGGAGUGCACUUCUCGAGAAGGCAUAUGCCAAGAUGGCUGGGUGUUAUGAAGCCUUGGACAGUGGCAACACUGCAGAAGCCCUGGUGGAUUUCACAGGAGCAGUUGCGGAGUCCAUAGACAUGGCAAAGGGCAAAUAUGACCGAGACAUUUCUGAGCAGGUCAGACUCUUUGAGGAACUGCUGAAAGUGCACAGAAGAGGAGGAUUCAUCAGCUGUUACAUCACGCCUUUAUCCACACGUGAUUUUGAGGCAGAAACUGCAAUGGGUCUGAUCCAGGGCCACUCCUACUCAGUGACAGAAAUCCGGAAGGUGAGCCUUGGAGAACAGCUGUUGUCCUGUGUCAAGUCUGAGAAACUUUUUAUGAUCCGAUUGAGGAAUCCCUGGGGGAAGAAGGAGUGGAACGGCGCGUGGAGUGAUGAGUCAGAGGAGUGGACAAAUGUGAGUGAUAAAGAAAGAAAGAGGAUAGGACUCACUGUUGACAACGAUGGAGAGUUCUGGAUGUCAUUCGAAGACUGGUGCAAAAAUUUUACUGACGUUGACAUCUGUCGGUUUGUGAACACGUCCAUCUUUAGCAUCCACAAAACCUGGGAAAGUGGGCUCAUGUGCGGUACAUGGAGAAAGAAUCCAGACCCCCUUUUAAACCGAUCUGGUGGAUGUCUUAAUAACAGAGCCACCUUUCUGCAAAACCCACAGUACGUCUUUGAUGUUAAAAAGGUGGAGGACAAAGUACUGAUUUCCCUGCAACAGAAGGAUCAGCGUGUUCACAAGAAAGAAGGGAAAGGCGAUAAUUUUGUCAUUGGCUUUGAAAUUUUCAAGGUGGAGGACAAUAGAAACUGUCGAAUGCAUACUAUGCAUAUACAAGAGAAGGUGGCGACUUCCAACUACAUUGACAUGCGCACAGUGUUUUUGAAGGUGCUUCUCAAACGAGGCCGAUAUGUCCUGAUCCCGACCACAUUCAGCCCUGGUGUGGAAACUGAGUUUAUGCUGAGGAUAUUCACAGAUGUGCCAUCGAAGCUCAGGGAGCUUAAAUUGGAUAAACCAAAGCCAGAGUUCUUGGAUAUCUUGUGUGGCUACCCUAAGAGGGUCUCUCAGAUAAAGAUCAGUGCAGCAGAAGGUCUCGAGAGUCAAGACAGACAUGGGGGAGCAAACCCCUAUGUGAUCGCCAGAUGUGGGAAUGAGAAGGUUCGCUCUCCUGUGCAGCAGGGAACCGUCAAUGCUGUUUUCAUUACACAAGCCAUUUUCUAUCGAAGGAAUGUUAAACAGCCUAUUACUGUCCAGGUUUGGCACAGUGACAUCUUCUGUGACCGGUUCCUGGGACAAGUGCGGCUGACUGCAUCACCCAGUGACUCCAGGGACCUGCAGACACUCCAGCUCUGGGGCAGAGGCAGGCAGGAAGCAGACAAGAUGCCCGGUCAUAUCAGCGUCAAGGUCAUUUCCAGCGAUGACCUUCUGCAGCUAUGAAUAGCAGAAGCUGAUGGGCCUCUCAGCAAAAAACCUUGUCCGUCCUCUCAGCAGGAAAGCAGCGGGAGCAUCGCUUGCACAUAGCCGUCAAUUGCUUUGCGGGAUUCUACUCGGGCAACAAGAAAAUGACUAAAAAAAAUAGAUGAGAGCAUUUAUGCAACCAGUAUACCAUUACCUCUCUUUAUCUACAUAUAUAUUGUCUCUCUCCAAGCUCAUUAGUAAAUAGCGGGUUGGCUUCAGGAGCUGGGUAUGCCACUGGAGGGAAGCUGUUAUAGGUGCUUGAGUUGUUCUGUUAGAAAGUGGAAUUUCAUGGAGAUGGGCAGGGUUACUUCCAGGACCACUGGCAGGAGGGCAAGUGGGAGUGACUGGACUGAAUUCUUGCAAAUGUCGAAGACCACAAUUUUGGAAUGGAUCUGUAGACAUGUGACUCGACUUUGCUUCUUGAUAUCUUAAUUCUCAUGAAUCGCACCUUGAAUAUUGCUGCAUUGACUAUAUUUUCUUUGUCUUAUGUUGAGAAUCACUGUGGUAGUCAGGGUAAUGGUUAAAUACGUGCCCAUUGAUGACUACCAUGAGAAGAGGAAUUUGCACCUUGUAAAUCAGAUUCCAGAGUUGGAGCAUCUUUCGGGCUGCACUUCUUGGACUUGAUCCAGCUUUCUUACAAAAAUUAGCAUACCAGUCUGAAAAUGAAAAAAAUAUAGAUGAUCACAUUCAUUGUAGGGGCUGUUGUUAU